AUGUGGAUUCGGGAGCAUCUUUACUUCAAUGGUUUUAGUAAAAAUUAUUUGAAUUGGAUUUGGCAUGGUGAGGCUGCGGAGAAGGAUAGAUUAAAUUCGAGUGUCAACCAAGAGACAACUGAUAAUUGUCAUGAUGAUUUUGAAACUGUUAAUUUGUGUGAGGCAGCGUAUGAUAACCAUACAGAAAAUCCAGAAGCAUUUAUGAAAUUUUUGGAGGAAGCAGAGAAGCCACUGUAUAAGGGAUGCAAACGUUACACAAAGUUGAGUGCACUUGUAAAACUAUACAAUACCAAAGCAAUGCAUGGGAUGAGUGAUGCUCUAUUUUCAGAUCUACUAGCAGAUUUUGGGGACAUGCUGCCAGAUAACCACAAUCUGCCAUCGUCAAUUUAUGAAGCAAAGAAGACGUUGAGUUGUUUGGCUUUGAGUCAUGAAAAGAUUCAUGCUUGUUCCAAUGAUUGCAUCCUUUAUAGGAAACAAUAUAAAGACUGCGUAAGCUGCCCGAAAUGUGGCUUAUCAAGAUGGAAGCUAACCAAGAAAAAUGUUGAGAAGAAAGGUGUUCCUGCCAAAGUGGUUUGGUAUUUCCCUCCCAUACCAAGAUUUAAGCGCAUGUUUAAAUCUUUAGAAACUUCCAGAAAUUUAACAUGGCAUGCAGAUAGCACAAGAGUUGUUGGUCAGUUACGCCAUCCAAUUGAUUCACUGUCAUGGAAAUUGGUGGAUCAUAUGUGGCCCGACUUUGGAAGUGAGGCAAGAAAUAUUCGCCUGGCACUUGCAGCCGAUCGAAUUAAUCCUCACAGCAAUCUUAGUAGUCACUACAGUUGCUGGCCAAUCAUGUUGGCCACAUAUAAUUUGCCUCCAGACAUGUGCAUGAAAAGGAAAUUCAUCAUGCUAACGAUGCUCAUUUCAGGGCCGAAACAGCCUGGAAACGAUAUCGACGUCUACCUUGAGGUUCUGGUUGAUGAUUUGCAGCUCUUGUGGGAAGGAGUUGAUGGAGUUUAUGAUGCUUAUCGAAGGGAGGUUUUCACUCUUAAAGCAGUUCUUUUAUGGACCAUCAACGACUUUCCUGCAUAUGGUAACCUUAGUGGAUGCACUACACAUGGUUAUUACGCAUGCCCAAUAUGUGGUGAGGAUACUUAUGCAAAGCACUUACCAAAUGGGAAGAAAAUGUCAUUUGCUGGGCAUAGACGAUUCCUACCACGAUUUCAUCCAUAUCGGAGGCAAAUAAAGGAGUUUAAUGGCAUGGAGGAACUUGGUGAAGCAGGUAGGCCAUUAUCUGGAAUUAAGUUGCAUUGUCUCGAUGUUAUGCACAUUGAGAAAAACAUUUUCGAGUCUCUGAUUAAUACUUUGAUGAACAUCAAGGGAAAAACCAAGGACAAUGUGGAAGCUAGGUUGGACAUGGUUCAGAUGGGAAUUAGGCCUCAAUUGGCUCCUAAAAUUGGUGAGAAAAGAACAUAUCUACCUCCUGCAGCAUGUUCAUUCACAAAAAAUGAGAGAUUACAAGUAUCUAGUGUUGGUGCAGUGAGCACCAGAUGA